AUGCACAAAUUAGUAUCUAGAAAUGGUAAGGAAAGCAUAUUAUGUAUCAGUCAACGAUUAUACUCAAACAUGAGAAUACCCUUGAAUUAUGAUGCUACCAAGUACCGAAACUGGCAUUAUUUUGAUGAGCCCUCAACCAGUAAGAAGCAAAAGAUAUCGGUGAUGUCAUUCAAUUUACUCUCUCGUCAUUACAUGUGGAAGCCAGUAUUUGGAUAUUUGGAACAGAAGUAUCUAAGCUGGUCAGAAUAUCGUUUUCCAUUGAUCAAUUUGAUGAUCAGACAGUUCAAUUGUGAUAUCAUGUGUUUCCAAGAAAUGGAGCACCUAAUAUAUGAAAAAUUUUGGUCCAAAGGGUUCCCAUCCCCUAAUUACCAUUCGUUCUACGUAAGAAAACUGGAGCCUGUCUACUGGGGAGAUAGGCCGUCGGAGAAUAUCGAUGGUGUCGGGAUAUUUGUCAAUGGAGACAAGUUUGAUGUGUUGGACAGUCACGCCAUCCACUUUGGGGAGUAUAUCAUGCAGCAUCACAUCAAAUUUAACGUCACGAAGGCAACAGUCGAGCGAGUCAUACCACGCAAUACAGUGGCACUUCUAGUCAAGUUGCGCGAUAAACGAAACGGUAAGAUAUUGUAUGUGACAAACACUCACUUAUAUUGGUCCCCCAAGUUUAACGACGUCAAAAUCAUCCAAACCAAACUCCUUUUAAACGUCUUGCAUGAUUUCAUAGACCACGAUUGUCUACAUGACCCAUGUAUUAUCAUGUGUGGUGAUUUCAAUUCAAACCCGUCUUCGAAAGUAUUCCAAUUGCUCAACACCGGCACCAUCGAUGCCUCCAAGUGCAACGAGUUUGCUCUUCACGACUACAAUCAUAAAGCAAAUAGCGAAUUAUUCCACAACGGACUUAUUGAAAACCCCUUCCAUCUAGAAUGUGCUUAUGAGCUGCUUUUUACCCAUUCACAUAUUAACCCCAGGAAGAAAUUGGAGUUUACAUCGUUUACGAAAAGCUUGAUCGACGUUGUGGAUCAUAUUUGGUAUUCCAACAACCACUUCAAAGUCACAAAACUUCUUGGAGAGGUCGACCAAUCUUACUACACGGAAACCGGCGUGGUCGGCUUCCCCAAUAGUCAGUUUCCCUCUGACCAUAUUCCUUUAGUAACUGAACUAGCAUACCUUUAG